ACUUCCAGUGUCUUUCUCAAACCUUUUCAUGCUUACCAUUCUCAGAUAUAUCUAAACAACUUCAUAUUUUUUUAAAAGUUUUUCAUCCCCAAGACAGCAUGAUUGCAUCGAAAGCCUCGUUAACCUACACGAAUGGGCACACUAACGAAGAACGUUUCAUGCUUAAACUAACGAAAAAGAAGGUAGAAGAUGACGAGCUUGGCAUUUUUGGAGCCGAGAAGUAUUUCAAAGGAGUAUUAGAUGAAGAACCUCAGAGAGCCUCAAAUGGUUCUCAUUAUCACCCAGACCCAAACUCAAACCAACCACAAGAAAAGCAUGAAUCACACAUUGAAUAUAAACAGAAAACCCCGUCAAGCGUUCGUUCGGAAUCGAGUUGGAACAGUAGGAGAGGGUUAUUGGUUAGUAAUAAUGGCAAUGAUCAUAGAAAGAAAAAAAGUGUCAAGAGUUUGCUGGUUAGUCUUGGUUGCAACUGCAAUGAUGAAGAUUCAAUCGAUAUCACCGACAAAAUAGUGCAUGUUAAAGAACCUGUAAAACAGCCGGUUAAAGGUGGUGAUAUUGGUCCGAAAGUGAAGUCAUUAUCGAACAAACGGGCAGAAAAUGAUGUUCAUGCAAAGAAAUUUGAAGCCAAUGAGGUGAAUUUCACCUUCCCAGUGUUGUCGAUGAAAGAUGUGAAGCAUCCUGUGCUACCAGAAAUUCAACAAGCAGCAAAGAAGUCUUUCAGCCUUGAGAGAAAAUUGAAAAUGUUGAAUUGGGACGGUGUUACUCCAAGGGCAGAAAAUCUAGAUGUUUCUAGAAACGGCUUACAAAACGAUACGGCAAGUGACACGAGCUCGGAUUUGUUCGAGAUAGAGAGCUUCUCGACCAACGAGAAUAACUCAUUUUUUGCUAAGCAAACCACUGAAAAUAUCAAUUAUGCUCCAAGUGAAGUGAGUGUUGACUGGAGUGUCGUCACUGCCAGCGCGGCAGAUUUCUCCACUUCUGACGAUUUCAUAGUGCCUCGAACGUUUAAAAGUUCUGGGAUUCUAUCCGGGUGUAAAAGUCAUAAAGCGGUGAGAGUCUCUGGUGAUGAAUAUUCUAUGGCUGGUGGUAUCGAGAAGGCAUUGAUAAUGACGGGCCCUUCCAGCCAAGAAAGAUGUCGCCGAUUGGACUCGGUCACACCACUAGCGAAGAUCCAAGCCGACACCAAAUUGAUCGGUGUGGGGUCCGAUUUACACAGAAGUCAAAACGGAUUUUGUACAACACGACCAAUUCCUGGGACACAUUCUGUUCAUGCUUCCCACCACUUAUACAUGUCCAAAAAAACAAGUGGCAUAAAUCAUUUAGUGUAACCUCUGCUUUGCAGAUAUGUCAUCUCUUCAAGGAAUAAAAAUUUGCAACUAGGUACUUUGUAGCA